GUAAGUGUGUGACGUCAGCAAAUAACAGCAUUCCUCUGACAUGCUUCUCUCGUCCCGCCUCAAUUCUGUUAUUGCGAAUCUCUCUCUCUCAUAUAAACACACACAGUCCGCCAUUAACAACACACCUUUUCUCCAAAUUUUACACACACAAUGUUCUACUCUCACCAGCUACUUGCUCGCAAAGCUCCUCUCGGACAAAUCUGGAGAGCGGCGACACUGCAUGCGAAAAUCAACAGGAGGAAUCUCAACAAGCUUAACAUCAUCAACAUCUGUGAAGAAAUUCUGAAUCCCUCAGUUCCAAUGGCUCUCCGACUAUCUGGAAUCCUCAUGGGUGGCGUUGUCAUUGUAUACGAGCGGAAAGUAAAGUUACUCUACGAGGAUGUCACUCGUCUUCUGGUGGAAAUCAAUGAAGCAUGGAGGGUUAAAGCUAAGCGAGAUCCUACCGUACUUCCUAAAGGCAAGUCUCAGGCGAAAUAUGAAGAUGUUACACUCCCUGCUAACCAACCAGCAGACCUAGGAGACCUUGAGCAACAUCUUCAAUUUUCUAACUCGGACACGCUAAUGGGGAUGCACAAAAGUGCUUACAUUGACAUGAAUCUCGACAACAUAGAUGAUUCUUACAUCAGCCAUAACCAGGGGGAUGCUGAUCUACCUCAUGAUCAUCAUCAAGCUGACAUUGAAAAUAUCACCCUAUUUGAUCGAUUUGAUUCACACCAGACCGACGCAGGUCGCUUCAAACAGUUUGAGAGGUUUGACAUUGAAGGGGAUGACAUCAACGGGGAUGACGUGACGCUAGAGAAAGAUCCUUCAUAUAACCAUUCCCUAGACCUGCCAAACACCCUAAUACCCUCUCCACCUUUACAAGACGAGCCUAAAAAACCUGAUGAGAUACACGAGCAGCAUCCAGAAUACAAUACCAAUCAUCAAUCUGAUGAGGAUAAGGCCCAACAUGUUCCAAACAGGCAAAAACCAUCUAGAAAAAGAGCAAGAAGGGUCCCAUCUGUUAUCAUGGAUUACGAACAAACUAUGAUUCCUGGUAAUAUGUAUCAGUCUUGGCUUCAGGACGCCUCUGAUCUCGGCUCAAGAAGAGGAAGAAAGAUAAAGCAUUUGAGCAGCAUUCGGUCCAUGAAGACUGAAAGACUAAUGGAUCUACCGCCAGUUGCGCUAGUUGAAGGCUUGUUUACAAAUGAAAAUAGAGAUAUCUGUUAUCCUCUUCCUCUGUUAAAACAAUGGACCAAAUUAACUCAACCUGCGCAUGAUUCACCUUCAGUAGAAACCUCGCCACCACAUCCACCAGCACCAUCAUCAACAUCACCACCAGAAGCAACUAAUUAUCAUGACCCGACAACAUUUCCUUUUGAAGAUCACCAUAGUGGAGUUGGUUCUGGAUCAUUGGGGGUAUCCAUAGAGAAGCAAAUGCCAUAUGUGAAUAACUAUGAGAUUCCUGAAAUCAUCAGCACCGUUAUGAACAAUGGACUCAACGUAAGCGGGGCCAAUGGUGGGCCCGUAGCUGAUGCUGACGUGGCAGUUACACCUGCAAAUUCUGAUGGCGGAGUUAAAUCUAUGAGCUCAGGAUCUGGACCCGGGUUUGUGCCUGACGUCUCAGAUACCAACUCCGGAAGGUCCAACAACAAGAGACUUUUCUCGUCGGGUAGAAAAAGUGGGAGUGGCCUUGAACCAGUGGCAGAGGAGUUGUUCAAUCAGACCGAUCCCAAUUUCAAGUUGGCUCAACUUUCAGAAAAUGAGUUGUCACCAGAAAAGUUGAUUGUAGAAAGUGGACCAACACAGACCCAAAAAGUCCCACCACCUGAUCAACCAAUGGAGCAGUUAACUGAUUCUAUCCGAAUGCAACUGAAGGCGCAUUUUGAUACACCAGGAUGUGCUCAAACCGAAUCACUAAACCAACUUGCAUUGGGAUUGGACAGAAAAAAGGCUGCCUGUCUAUUUUAUCAGACUCUUGUUUUGGCGACUCGUGAUAUCAUAAAGGUAUAUCAGAAAGAACCUUACGGAAAUAUUGUUAUUUCUCGAGGUGCAAAAAUGUGACCACCAGGUAGAAAGAAAGAAAUAGCGCACCAUACAUCAACUAAUGAACUACUUUAUGAGGAAGACAUGCAAGGAUAUCCAUCCGUUGCUUAAUUUGUAGUUUAUCUUAAGUAGUUUCCUGGUUAAUAUAAUCACUAAUGGCAUUUGCAAUAUCCAAGUAUGGAUUAGUAGUUUGAAUUUUAUUCAUAAUACGGAUACGGAUUGGUAGUUUGAAGUUAUACAUAUUUACAUAA